UGGAACAAAAGAAAAUGAAGACGAGGGCAUCAUGGUUGACGACUUAUACAUCCAAGCAGACGAAACAGACAUUGUUCCAGAGAAAGAAAGAACAGGUUGUUGGCAUGGCUGUAUGAGAAGCAUAAAAGGUGUUUGGGCCACUCGUCAAAUGGCUGGAAACUCAGAAGCGGAUAGAGAGUGGUAUGUGAAGACUACUAUUAAAGAACUUCUUAUCUAUCUCAUAUUCUUGACCGUUUUGUGCAUACUUACUUUUGGAAUGAUGAGCCCCAACAUGUAUUACUUAACGAAAGUGAUUAGCGAGCUUUUUCUUGAGUCACCCUACGAAGAUACAAGAAAUAAUGUCAAGGGAUCCACCCAAAUUAUUGACUUUUGGAGGUUUGAGCAGUACGUUCUGCAUGAUUGCUUGUAUUGGGAAAAGUGGUACGACAAUGCUGGAACACCUACUCAGAUGGAAGACAGGAAUGUUCUUUAUGAGAACAGGCUAUUGGGCUCCCCUCGAAUGCGACAACUUCGAGUUCGAAAUGAUUCCUGCGUCGUGCAUGAUGACUUCAAGUCCUCCAUAUCAGAAUGCUAUGACGUGUAUUCGCCCCAAGUUGAAGAUACCAGAUCAUUCGGAGUAAUGAAUGGAACAGCAUGGACAUAUUUUACUGAGCGCGAGCUUGGCGGUUCCAGCCACUGGGGACUUCUAGCCACAUACAGUGGAGCUGGAUCAUACGCGGACUUAGGCACCAGUUCGAGCCAAUCCAAAGAAGUAAUGGCGUUUCUUAAAGAAAAUCUUUGGAUAUCAAGAGCAACAAGAGCAGUUUUCCUUGAUUUCACAGUAUAUAAUGCCAACUUGAACUUAUUCUGCAUUGUCAAAAUUGUAUUCGAGUUUCCUGCAACAGGUGGUAUGAUUCCAUCUUGGAGCUUCAGAACUGUUAAGCUUCUUCGAUAUGUUACCACCAGUGAUUACUUCAUUUUCAUUUGUGAAAUCAUAUUUACUGUAUUCGUUGUGUAUUAUUUGAUUGAAGAAAUACUGGAAAUUAAACGAAACAAGUGCAAGUACUUUAAAGAUUUCUUCAACAUUCAAGACAUUUUAGUUCUAAUUGUAUCUUUCUUGUGCAUCGGGUUCAGCGUAUAUCGCAACAUGGUCAUGGAUGGCUUACUCGAGGAACUUCUGAGUCAACCUGACGUCUAUCCAAACUUCGAGUUCUUGGGAUAUUGGCAGACACAGUUUAAUAACUUAGUCGCCCUGACGGUGUUCCUUGCAUGGAUCAAAAUUUUCAAAUACAUCAGUUUCAACAAAACGAUGACUCAAUUGUCUUCAACUCUUUCAAGGUGUUCAAAAGAUGUUGCUGGAUUUGGUAUUAUGUUCUUCAUUGUGUUCUUUGCUUUCGCUCAACUCGGCUAUUUGCUUUUUGGAACUGUCGUUAGAGAUUUCAGCACAUUUGCCAAAGCCGUGUUUACUCUUCUGAGACUUAUUCUUGGUGACUUCAACUUUUACGAGUUGGAAGCCGCAAAUCGAAUUUUAGGUCCAAUUUACUUCCUUAGUUAUGUGUUCUUCGUAUUUUUUGUGCUAAUGAAUAUGUUUUUGGCCAUCAUAAACGAUACUUAUGCAGAAGUUAAAGCAGAGAUCGCUUCACAGAAAAAUGAAUUUGAAAUAGCAGAUUAUUUCAAAAAAGGAUUUAAUAAUGUCAUGGGAAAACUUGGAAAACGAAAUCAGCUCUUAGACUUGCAAAAUGCUUUGAAAUUGGCAGAUGCAAAUGGCGAUAAUAAAUUGACUUUUGAAGAAGUUCGUCAAAAAUUACGUCAGCAAAACUUUACCGAUAUGGAAAUAGAAAUGUUAUUCGCAAAGUACGACCUCAAUAACGAUCGAGAAUUAGAUGCGGAUGAAACUAAAAUGAUGCUGGCUGAUUUGGAUGGACAGCGGCUUGAAAUCGAUCGCCAAAUUAAGAAGUCGGAAAACAAUGAUUCGCCAAAUGCUACCAACGCCGUCGCUAUGGCAUCUCUCGUUUCGCAACAAGAUUUCAAUGGUUUAUCUGAAAGAGUUGAUAAAAUGGAAAAUUCUAUUGGCAAUAUAGUAUCGAAGAUAGAUGCUGUUUUAAACAAAAUGGCUGCUAUGGACAGAGCAAAAGUCAAAAGGAGAGAAAAUAUGAAUAAAAUCCUUAACACAAUAUCAGAGAGCAGUGACUUAGACGAAAAAGCAAAGAGACAUCACAUGGAGAAAAUGGUGAGAGAAGAACUACAAAGAUGGGAUUCUGAUUCCUCUCUUCGUGUUCCCAACAACGGAGCCAACCCAAAUCCAUCACCAAAGAAGAAUAAAUAGAGAUAAACUACUAUAGAAGAUUGCAUGAGCUUUGGGAUUGUGAAAAAUGCUUGAUUCUGAAGACUCAGCAGAAAUGAAUGUAAAAAGAUGAACGUUUAUGUAAACUAUGUAGAAAAGCU